UCACUGAAGAGUUUCAAAAUGGCAGCCUCCACGAAAAGCAAAAUGCAACCGGUUUGCAACACAUGUAGAAAAUAUCUAUUUCAUUUUGCGAGUGAACAUUUCGAGUUUAAAUUAGCAGAGCUGAAAGCUAUUGCAUCAUUAACAAAAUCAGAAUUUAAAAUUAACGAAGAGGACUAUGAUGAAAAAAAUCCAUUUUUAGUUGUUGAGUUACCGUCUGAAGACCACGUCCAUAAACUACUGUCGAGAUCUGUUCUACUCAGAUCUGUUUAUGAAUUAUGGGCUGAGGGUAAAACAACAGAAGAAUUAAACAACAAUAUCAGACAACUUCCAUCACAAUUUAUUUCUCCAUAUCUACAAGCUGACCAGUCAUUUGGUAUCCGAGUUGAAAGUUUUAAUAAAAAGAUUCCACAGAAUAUAAAAACAGAGAAGAUAAAGGCUCUACCUUUUGAUGUUUUAGAUUUUCAGGGUAAAGUUGAUUUAAACAAUGCUAUGAAUACAUUUCAUCUAUUUGAAUAUUACGGGUAUGAAUGUAGUAAACCACCAGAAUAUCCUUUUCAUCUUUAUUUUGGAAGAUGGAUAGCAGGUGGACAGCGAGAUAGAAUACAGGAUUUACAUCUUCAAAAGAGACAUUUUAUAGGUAAUACAAGUAUGGAUGCUGGUCUGUCGUUAAUUAUGUCCAACAUGGCCAAAGUUACAAAUAAUUCACUGGUUUUAGAUCCAUUUGUUGGAACAGGUAGUUUAUUAGUAGCAGCUGCUCAUCAUGGUGGCUAUGUUAUGGGUACAGAAUUAGAUUUUUUAUUAUUACACGGCCAAGGUAAACCAAGUCGAUAUAAACAGACGAAGCGAGCUAGCGAUGAAAGUAUCCGACGGAAUCUAGAACAAUAUGGUACAGGAUCUCGAUAUAUUGAUGCGAUAGUUGGUGAUUCAUCAAAACAUGACAUGUGGAGACCAGAAACAUACUUCGAUGCUAUUAUUACAGAUCCACCGUAUGGUAUACGUGAACCAGCUAAGAAGAUUGGUGCAGCUAGUGAACAGUAUAUCAUCAGUGAAGAAGUUAAAGAUAUUCACAUACCCCAGAAAGUUCAGUAUCAAUUGUCUGAUAUAUUUCGGGAUUUACUGAAUUUUGCUGCAAAAUAUUUACGACUUGGUGGUAGAUUAGUUUUCUGGUUCCCUGUCAUCAGAUCAGAUUAUUUAGAGAGUAAUAUACCCAUACAUCCAUCUUUCCAACUGAUAGCCAACUGUCAACAGCCAUUAAACUCUAAGGUUGCUCGAAGACUUAUCACCAUGGAGAAAAUACACAACUUUCAGGAAAGUUCUAGAGACGCAUCUGUAGAUCAAGAUCAUUAUGAAGACCGAUCAUUUAGACAGAGAUAUUUUCAUCAACAGAAAGAAUUUCCUAAAAAUGAAACAAAACCAUAACACAGAGAUACGAUUUCAUUUUUAAUAUAAUUAGAACUGAAGAGUGAAGUUUCUGAUAAAUGGAAUAUGUGUAUGUAUGAAUUAGGAAGUGCAACUCUGAAAGGAUGGAAAUUUUCCUCUGGGCUCUGGCAUAUAAAACCUGUUAACUAGUCAUUAUGCCCUCUUAUCCUUUUGUAUUCAAAUUAUAUUUUGGCUCAAAUGUAUGUGACAACAUUAAAAUCCAGCUUGAUAUAACAUAUAUUUGGUACAAUUAUUAAAUACCAGUUGUUGACUCGGCAUAGCACGGGUAUAUCCAUGAACUGGAUGUAGGAUAACUCCAAAACCGGAAGUGGUAGGCCAUCGCCACUAGGCCCGUGUUACUCCCCGGUCCAAGCAACCCCUUGUACACCAAAUUUCAGUCUCGGGACAGCACUAGUGUAGCCUCCAACCCUGAACAGGCAGACAAACAAACGACAGUCACAAUUAUCAGUAUAGAUAUCUCAGAUUUCAUUUUAUGUUGUUUUUUUUCUUUAUUAUGUAAUUUUACAAUAUUUAGUAAAAUAUGCCAAAAUUAUGACUACCUUUUGUUCCCGUGGCUGGGAAAAACACAGCCUUCAGUUGUUUUUGUCCUGACAUCAAAACCCAGUGUAAAGGCCAUGAAACAUUCAGUGAAUAGAGGGUUAAGGGGUUCAAGUUGAUUUUACUGUUAUAAUGUUAAUAAAAUAUACUGUGAUAUUAAAAAUUUUAUGGUAUAUCUUGUGU